AUGGUGAAACACAUCUUGGCUAAUGGUCUAGUCAAACUUCACCAGCACAAAAACGGAGCCUUUGAAGAUAGCUUUUAUGUUCGUUGGGCCUGCAUGCAAGAUGACUCACACAACUGCCUAGAAAUGGUAGGAGUGUCGAACAGUGAAGAGCCAAUGGAACCUCGCAAGCAGUGGCACGGAGACGGGUAUUUCAACGAAGGUUUCACAGAAUCGCUGGAAUUAACCAACACAAAAAACUCUGAGGACUUCACAUCCAAAGAGGAAGAUGUUGGAGAAAUCAUCAAAUGCAGCAACCAUAAAGAUACACAGAUAGACAAAGAUUCUAUUAAGACGGAGAAUAACCAAACGCAAAGAGAUGCCCAAAUAAUGCACAGUGAUGGACAAAGCACUCUCAAAGAUGCUGACACCACACCCAGCACUGACAAUAGUACAUGCAAUGUCAAAGACAGUUUGCCCAGCAGUAACAAAACAGAGCAUUCUAGUACUGUCUCCCAAACCUGUAGUAGGGGCAUGCAUGAUGCCAAACAUCUUAACAUCGCGCUCGGAACUGCCAAGCAGGAGAGCAUCCCUGAACCUCUUCAAGUGUGCACUUCCUUUAAGCCAUCCAACACAACCCAGAACAGCUCUGUGAACACGUUAAGCCAAAGCACUGAAACCCACAACUUGGGGGAAAGCACUUUGAAUGGACUUGGCAUCCCUUAUUCUGCACGUUCUGAAUCCAACGGGGAAUGUAGAACCACCAGUUUAGAGAAAGCUGAAGGUUCCAGAACCCAACGCAGCGUUGCUGAAGGUAUGUGCUGCUGUUAUCAGGCUGUACGGCAAGCAUUUCUACGCUGCCUGGAGGAGACUUCUAUUGUGGUUCCGGGCCUGGUGUUGACCAUCUUGUUCUGUGUGACCAUCAUCAUAAUCAUCCCCACCACCGGAAGAAGUAUCAGUGUUCAUGUAGGAGCCUUGUCGGUGGUGUGUAUCGUGCUCUGUCUGUGUGUGCCAGUCUUGGUCAGUCUGCCGUGCCUACCUGCCCUUCGUCGAUGUGAAAAGUUGCUGGCUCUCUCCAUCUGGAUUGCACUCUUCAUCACCGCCAUUGUCUUCAUCUUCACUGGGGGAGCCAUUACCGCGUGGGAGCAAGUGGCUUUCUUUCUCUUUCUCUCUCUAUCAGUAUACACGAUUCUGCCUCUUAGUCUUUCCUGGGCACUGAUCUUCGGCAUUGGAGCCAGCGUGUGUCACAUCGUCAUUAUUAGUGUCUAUGUGUCUGUCACCAGCCCGGGUACACGGGAUCUGGCAGUGCAGCUGGUUGCGAAUGCAGUGUUGUUUGUAUGUGUGAACUGUGUGGGGUUUUUCCACCUCUGGCUGACUGAGCAUGCACGCAGGAAGUCCAAUAAAAGCAGACAAAACUUCAGUAGCAACUGCUCCAAAAGAGCCAAACUGAAACGUGACCAGGAGCACCUCCUCCUGUCUGUGUUGCCGCGCUACAUCGCUAUGGAGCUGAAAGGGGAGGUAGUCAAAGGGCUUUCCGAAACAUUCACAGGAGCUGAAAACACACCAAACUUCCACAGCUUAUACAUCAAACAACACAAGGAUGUCAGCAUUCUGUAUGCAGACAUUGUGGGCUUCACUAGUCUUGCCAGCACCUGCACUCCUGAGGAACUCGUUGCCGUCCUCAACAAACUGUUUGGCAGGUUUGACGACAUUGCCAAGAAGAACGAGUGUUUACGUAUAAAGAUUCUGGGCGACUGCUAUUACUGUGUAUCAGGUCUUCCAGACUCAAUACCUCAUCAUGCUCGCAACUGUGUACAGAUGGGACUGGACAUGUGCAAUGCCAUAAACAAGCUACGGGAGGCAACAGGAGUGAACAUUAGUAUGAGAGUGGGCGUGCACUCUGGAAAUGUCCUUUGCGGCGUGAUCGGCUCACUGAAGUGGCAGUAUGAUGUCUGGUCACAUGACGUGACGCUAGCCAAUCGCAUGGAGUCUGGGGGUUUACCAGGGAGGGUCCACAUUACUGAAGAAACUCUUGGACACCUGGGUGGGGCGUACCAAGUUGAGGAGGGAAAUGGGGCAAGUCGGGAUUCUGCUCUGCAAGGCAGGAGAACCUUCCUAGUGAUCGACCCUCACAACAGAGCUGACAAACCAAAGAGUAACUUUCUGAGUAGUGGAAGGGAAAAGCUCCGGGCUUCAGUGAGGAUGUCACAGUACAUGCAGUCCUGGCAGAGCGUCAAACCUUUUGCAGAGCUCAACCAACCAGAAGACUGCAUCCCAGCCAUGCCCCAUCAAUCAAAUGGCAUCAGCCAAUCACAUGUGUUCAUGGAGCUAGAAAUCCAUCAGUCACACCCUGGAAACCUCGAGAGCAGGCCCACUCGAGUAUCUGAAAAUGGAUCCGUAGAUACGUUAGACCCUCUACAGGUUACAGGGCAAAAACCUAAGAAGCUGAACUGGCUGACUUUGUUAUUCCAUGAUAUAAAGAUGGAGAGAGAGUAUCGCCUGAGUGAGGUGCACGACAUUCAUCAGUCUGUGGCAUGUCUGGCGCUCAUCUUCACUUCCGUGUUUGUGGUGCAGGUGCUGACUUCACAAAAAAAUCUAGCCCUGGCAGUAUCCUAUGGCAGCACAUUUCCUGUGCAGUUGCUGAUACUUUUGGUGGUCAGCACAGGAUUCUUAAAGCAAUGGAACUCUAAGAUUCCUACCAGUGUGCACUGGGUGUCAAAUCUGUCGCAGGGAGUGGCCACCAGGGCGGCGCUCAGGUUACUGCUGGUCUUCACCUGCCUCCUCAUCACACUACUCAUGGCCAUACUUAACAUAGUUUUUAUUCCAGGUGACAACUGCCUGAACUUCUCCUAUAAUGCCACGGCACUGGACAGUCUGAAUCUCUUUACUGUACCCUAUUACCUGUACUGCUGCUUAUUGGCGAUGAUGGGCGUGGUAGUGUUUGUGCGAGUGUGCUUCUCCGUUAAACUCUUCCUCCUCACUCUGGCUGUGGUGGUCUACCUCGCGCUCUUCCUCUGCGUUUACGCCCCCCGCUCCGACUGCCUCGUACAGCAGCUGUAUCCAAACUAUAGCAAACCCGGAGUUCUGAAGGAGCCUAAGAUCAUGGCAGGGAUUUGGCUUAUUAUUUUCUAUCUGACUUCUCUAAUUCUUGCACGACAGGAUGAGUUGGCUUGUCGUUUCGAGUUCCUUCUCAAGAAAUAUUUCCAGAAAGAGCGAGAAGACAUGGAGACGACAGACAAUGUCAACAGGCUCCUCCUCCAAAAUCUCCUCCCUAUCCACGUAACUAACUUCUUCAUCGGCAAAGACGUCCGCAAUCAGGACCUAUAUAGUCAGUCAUGCCAGAGCGUAUGUGUGAUGUUUGCCUCAGUACCGGAGUUUAAGGAUUUCUACACUGAGAGCAGUGUAAAUGGAGAUGGCCUGGAGUGUCUACGAUUUCUCAACGAAAUCAUCACAGAUUUUGACGAGCUCCUCAGCAAGCCCAAAUUCAACGUCAUUGAGAAAAUUAAAACCAUCGGUACAACUUACAUGGCUGCUGCUGGAUUGACCAAUCCUAAUACAGGCGAGGAACGAAAGGACAGCGAUGCGUGCAAAAGUCAUGUACGCAGCAUGGUGGACUUCGCCAUUGCACUGAUGGGCAGACUAGACAACAUCAACAGACACUCCUUCAACAACUUCAAACUCAGAAUAGGAAUAAAUCAUGGCCCUGUGAUUGCUGGAGUGAUCGGAGCUCACAAACCUCAGUACGACAUCUGGGGCAAUGCUGUUAAUGUGGCCAGCAGAAUGGACAGCACUGGAGUGCUCGACAAAAUACAGGUGACGGAAGAAACAGCGCAGGUAGCCCAAAGCGUGGGCUAUGAUGUGACCAAGAGAGGGGUCAUUAAUGUGAAGGGGAAAGGAGAACUCACCACAUACUUUAUCAACAUUGAGUUAUCACAACGUCCAUAAUUUACAACUACAGUGCCUGUUUAAACAACCCGUAUGCACAGUCAAAUUUGCCAGCGAAGUCUGCCUUCCUUGUCUGAAUAAGCAAGAAUAUGGUCAUAAUGCAUCUUUUUCAAUAGCAUCUUUAUGUAGUGUACAGUAUGGACACUAUGGACAGUAUGUAAACUUUACAUAAAAAUUGCUUUUACACAAAACUUAAAUGGACUUUACAGUUUCACAUUUUCCGUUCAGUUCAUCAACUGUGGGUUUCUUCAUCCAUUAUAAAGUGAAGGAAGCAUGGCCACGCCCCACACAGCAGAUCCUGUACUUUAGAUGUUUGCAAACCUGCCUUACCUAAGCAUCUGUUUAAGGACGCAAAUCUGCUUCCUUAAUGUUAGAAUAUUUAAUUUAUUGUACAUUUUCCUUCUUGCAUUUUAGUAAAAUAUUUAUUUAUUAUU